AUGCCGCUAUCGCAAAUAGAAAAGAGCGUGACACAUUUGUUAGUCGCGACGAAGCAACUCCUCGAGACGCUCACGCAAUGGUCCCGCGGGCAAGCCACCGAUGGCCAGGUCUCCGACGUUUACGUGAGACUGGGAUACGAAUUCAACAUGGCCUGCCGGGCAUUCACAGCUAUCAACGUGGAUACCUCCGACCUAGGGAACGUUCCUGAAAUGCUACGAAGCAUCCUCGAGGCCACACUGAGCCAAGAAGCGAGCACCGAGAGCUUGGAGAAAUACCUUCCACGUAUCCGAGAUAUCAUUAUCAACCUAUUGCACGGCUUGAAGCGAAAGCAACAAAAACUGCGACAGAAGGGCCCGAGAGACAGGGAAAGCGGCGGCUCGGGGGGUGCUCCUGAGCGGACAACGAGUACGAGUACCAUUGGUAGCACGAACACCGGACUUACAAAUCUGCUCGAGGAGGGUAUUCAAAAUGGCUAUCGGCCAGAUGCUCAGAGGGAAUCGUCUCAGUCGGCUGGCGCCCCCGCUGCCACGUCUCCUAAUCGACGUUACAUGCCUCCGCGAGACCAGUCGCGCGGUUCCGUCAACUCGGAGCAGUCUUCCAUGUCUAGCACCACAAUGCAGAACAUCCCCGUCAUGCCUCCAUACCCUGGCGACGAGACGUCGAUGCCCUCUCAACCGUCAUCAGAGAUCAAUGUCGACUCCUUUCCGCCACCGCCGCCGCCCCCGAAACAACAGUCAAGUGCCUUCGCUGCCCUGCAGAAGGGAGGUGAUCUGGAGAGACGAGCUUCUCGACGGUACUCUCAGUACCAGAUCUCCAAGCACCUUGGCGGCGCUGUUAACGGUAUGCCUAUGCUGCCGUCGCAGAACUCUCCAAUCCCCAACCGUGGCCGAGGCGAAGUACGAGAAUCUCUUCGCGCUGUCCAAACACGCGAGACCCUACGCCAAAACCGCGCAUCGAAGCAACCUACGCUGGAUACCUCACCACCGCGAGCACCUAGCCGCGUGAGUGAAGAAUCCUCGGAGGCUUCUAUAGCCCGACCGGAAAGCCCUACGAUCCAGACUCCCGAAGACAAAUACCCUAGAACGAGCGCCACCAUCAACGGACCUCUCAGCGAUGACCUCCCUAUUAUGUCUCCUGACGAUGAGCCAGAGCAAAAGCCUCUGCCGCCACCCAGAGACGAGCCAAAGUCACCGCGGGUCAGGACGCCGGAAAAGAAGCGAGACGGUACCUUCCUACAGGAGCAGUCACCUCCUUUGACGAAGGAGCUCACACUGUUCUUGCAAUACAAAUCCAAGGUCAAGAAAUUUGUGCUUCCUGAGGGGUACAGCGAGCUUUCCAUCGGGCGACUUCAGCUGGCUUUUAUUGAGAAAUUCUCUUGGAAUACACAGUCCAACGGUGCUGACCUGCCCGAGAUUUACAUUCAAGACCCGGUUUCGGGAGUGAGGCACGAGUUGGAAGACCUCUCGGAUAUCAAGGACCGCACGGUUCUCGUUUUGAACGUCGAGCCUCUGGAUGAAGUUAAGCGCCACAUUGAUGACGGCAUAGGACAACUGAAGAAGAUCGUUCAGGAUGUGAAGCAGAACGUGGACGACCAAGGCUUAGCGAUCCAACGAGUUUCGGACCGUCAACAGGAGGCGGCAACCGAGAUGGCAAGGAUAGCUGCGAUGCCACCUGUGGCAGCUGCGCCAGCUGAGGGUUCCAAGACUGCCGCUGCCAGUGGCCGCAAGCUUGGUGCAGGCCACUUGACAGAGAUUCAGAGCUUACGCCGCGACUUGGCGGUCAUGCGACAAGCCUACUCCAAGUUCCAAUCGGAGAUCCAAGGCUCCAUGUCCAUGAUCCGCAACAAGGCGGGCAAUGUCAAGUCUGCGGUAAUCAAGGCUUCGGUGCCCUCUGUCGAAGGCGAGAGUGGAAAUGCGUACAUCGCCAAGGGCCGCGAACAGCUCAACUCAGAUUCCGACCGUCUUGUCGCCAGGGUCGACGACUUGCAAGACCUGGUGGAAGAUCUUCGUAAGGACGUGGUUAUGCGUGGCGUGCGGCCGCUGCCCAGGCAACUGGAGGGUGUGGCGAAGGAUAUUACGAAGCUUUCCAAGGAACUCAAGAAGGUGGAAGAUUACAUGAAGGAAGAGAAGCCCAUCUGGACCAAGAUGUGGGAGAAGGAGCUUGAGGAGGUGUGCAAGGGCCGUGAUGAGCUGCGCCUUAUGGAGGACCUCAUGGUCGAUCUCCGGGAUGACUUGGAGAAGGCCUCGGAAACGUUUGCGCUGGUCGAGCAGGCCACCAAGGAGCAGAUGAAAGAUAACGGCACUAGCGCCAGCGCUGGCACUGCUCGAAACUUUUCCAAGGGUUUGAACAACUUGGGAAACAGUCUUGACCAGAACGCCGCAAAGGAUGGUGUUCUCGGUGAGGUGAGGGCGCUGAUGCCCAAUCACGAGAACCGACUGGAAGCCAUCGAAAGAGCCGAGAAGCUCAGGCAAAAGGAGCUUGAGGGUCGAAAGGGCAACGAGUUGCAGAGAGAACUGACCAACUUCGUCGAGGAGGGCAAGCUGAAGAAGUCCGGCGGCUUCGAGGAGGUCGAGAGGGCACGGAAAGCCAAGGACGACAAGAUCAGGAGGGAGGUAUGGGAACGCCAGAAUGGCAUGCUUGUCGAAGGGGAAGAGGAGGAGGAGGGCGUCGAAUACGAAUAUGAGGAAGUGGAAGAAGAGGAAGAGGAAGGGGAACCAGGGGCCGCCGGCGCCGCGGAUGCUGCGCCGGACGGAGACAAGCCGCCGGCACCCCCAGCGUAA